AUGGCCAAUGCUGGCGAGUCCACUUUGGGAUCUCUACACAAUGCUGUGUAUUUCGAUGAGAAUGAUUUCGAUGAUGACGACGAUCUGGACCUAGACUUUGGAGAGCCAACCCCAUACAUUGAACCAAAGAAACCGGUGCCGUCAAGUAUUCAACAACCCUCGCCAAUUGAGUAUCCGAAUACAAACCAGUCGUCACCGCAGAAGGAAUCGUUCACAAACGAGAAUGACGUUAAAUACCCAGAGCUACCUCCUAUCCCUGACGAUGAUGCCCCCCCAUCCAGCAGCAUACAAUAUCCUUGGUCAUCAUCACCUCCGUCCCAUUUUCAACCUCCAGCAACUGGCCGAACCCUUCCGUGGGUCAAGAACGAACCAGCAGAAGAACGCUACCAGAGAAGGCCUCCUAUAACACCUGCACGCCCUAAGCCUACAGCACCAUGGAAUAAAACGACGAGCGCUAUCAAAGAAGAACAAAAGGAACUACGGCGCCAAAAGAAAAGCCAAAAGGCAGAUUCGGGUUCGAAGCAAAACCAGCCCCCUACAAAGAUUGCUUCGAUUUUCCUCAGUGACGAACAAAGGGCUGUCCUAGACGCGGUUGUCGACAAAGGGAAAAGCAUAUUCUUCACUGGUUCUGCAGGAACGGGUAAAUCGGUUCUGAUGAGAGAGAUCAUCAAAAAGCUCCGAGACAAAUACCGCAAAGAACCAGAUAGGGUAGCGGUCACAGCUUCUACGGGACUUGCUGCUUGUAAUAUUGAGGGUGUUACUCUCCACAGUUUUGCUGGUAUUGGAUUGGGUAAAGAGCCAGUGCCUGAACUUGUUAAGAAGAUUAAGAAAAACCAGAAAGCCCGAAACCGCUGGCUCCGUACUAAAGUGCUUGUUGUUGAUGAGGUGUCUAUGGUUGACGGAGAUCUAUUCGAUAAACUUGAAGAAAUUGCCCGGCGGAUUAGAAAUAAUGGUCGCCCUUUCGGGGGUAUACAACUCGUUGUUACUGGAGACUUUUUCCAACUGCCUCCAGUACCCGAUGGGGGUAACCGAGAAGCAAAAUUCGCGUUCUCAGCCGCUACGUGGAAUACCUCUAUCCAGCACACGAUCCUCUUGACUCACGUUUUCCGUCAAAGAGACCCCGAGUUUGCCGACAUGCUCAACGAGAUGAGACUUGGAAAACUCACCCCCCGAACCAUUGAUGCGUUCAGAAAGCUUUCCAGGCCGCUUGACUUUCAUGAUUCGCUCGAGGCUACUGAAUUGUUUCCCACCCGUCAAGAAGUGGAAAGUGCAAAUGGUGCGCGGAUGGGAAGGCUGUCUGGCGAAAUGAUGACGUUCAAUGCUGUGGAUUCUGGGACAAUUCAGGAGCCGCAAUAUCGCGAGAAGCUGCUAGCUAAUUGCAUGGCUCCUCCUACUAUUCAUCUCAAAAAGGGAGCACAGGUCAUGCUUAUCAAAAAUAUGGAAGAUACACUCGUGAACGGAUCGAUUGGACGAGUUGUUGCUUUCAUGGACGAGUCCACAUUUGACUAUUACCGGGAGAAUGAAAACGACUUUUCUGGGCAGGGGAACACCAGUGACGAUGAGAAUGCGAUCCAUGCACGUAAAAAACUCAAGGGUCUCGCUAAUAAAGACGGAGCUGUUGGCGCGAGCAGAAAAUGGCCCUUGGUGUGUUUCAUGCAGCCCGAUGGAACCGAGAGGCAUCUUCUUUGCCAGCCCGAGACUUGGAAGAUCGAGCUUCCGAACGGAGAAGUUCAAGCACAACGUCAACAGGUCCCUCUAAUUCUUGCCUGGGCUUUGUCUAUUCACAAGGCCCAAGGUCAAACCCUACAACGUGUGAAAGUUGAUCUGGGCCGCGUUUUCGAGAAGGGGCAAGCCUACGUUGCUCUGAGUCGUGCGACUUCGCAAGCAGGACUUCAAGUCACUCGAUUUGAAGCGCGUAAGGUAAUGGUGCACCCCAAAGUCACCGAAUUUUACUCCAAAUUGGUCAGCAUCAGCCAGGUUCUCAAAUCGAAGAAUCCCACCGCGUCAUCUCGGUCUGCAAACGAAUUUGAUGACCUUGACGAGGAAGAUUAUCUGGAGCAUAUGUAUGGCUGA